AGCUCGGCGGCGCCCCUCCCGCAGUCAUGGAGAAAACUUCUACAGAUACACUUCCUCUUACUAUGAUUUCUUCAGAAGAGCAAGAGACUGUAUGCAUUUUCGGAACUGGAGAUUUUGGACGAUCACUGGGACUUAAAAUGAUCCAGUGUGGUUAUUCGAUUGUUUUUGGAAGUCGAAACCCCAGGAUGUCCAGUCUGCUGCCCAGUGGUGCGGAGGUCUUGGGCUAUGGGGAAGCAGCCCAGAAGUCCGACAUCAUAAUCAUGGCAAUCCACAGAGAACAUUAUGAGCUUCUCCCAGCACUAACUGAGGUUCUCCGGGGCAAAAUAUUGAUCGAUGUCAGCAACAACCUCAAAAUGCAUCAGUACCCGGAAUCGAAUGCAGAGUACCUUGCUCAGCUGGUGCCGGGAGCGCACGUAGUGAAAGCGUUUAACACCAUCUCCGCCUGGGCUCUGCAGUCAGGAGCCCUGGACGCAAGUCGGCAGGUGUUCGUCUGUGGGAAUGACAGCAAAGCCAAGCAGAGAGUGAUGGACAUCGUCCGCACCCUUGGACUGACUCCGUUGGAUCAAGGCUCUCUCACGGCAGCCAGUGAAAUCGAAAACUACCCCCUGCAACUGUUUCCAAUGUGGAAGCUCCCCUUCUACUUGUCCGCUUUCCUGUGCGGCUUCUUCUUUGUCUACUGUGUUAUCCGAGAUGUCAUCUACCCUUACGUCUAUGAAAAGAAGGACAGCACGUUUCGCAUGGCCGUCUCCAUCCCCAAUCGGGUCUUUCCCAUAGCGGCCCUGAUGCUGCUCUCCCUGGUCUACCUCCCCGGCGUCAUCGCUGCUGUCCUGCAGCUCUACCGAGGCACCAAAUACCGCCGCUUCCCAGGCUGGCUGGACCGCUGGAUGCUCUGCAGAAAGCAGCUGGGCCUGCUGGCGCUGGGAUUUGCCUUCCUGCAUGUCAUCUACACGCUCCUGAUUCCUAUUCGUUACUAUGUACGAUGGAGGCUGGAAAACCGAACCAUUAGCCAGGCAAUAUCCAAGAAAGAAAAUCCAUUUAGUACCACUUCUGCCUGGCUUAGUGAUUCAUAUCUGUCUUUGGGAAUCCUUGGAUUUUUCUUCUUUGUCCUCUUGGGGAUCACUUCCUUGCCAUCAGUUAGCAACACGGUCAACUGGAGAGAGUUCCGAUUUGUCCAGUCCAAACUGGGUUAUUUGACCCUGAUCUUGUGCACGGCUCACACCCUGAUAUAUGGUGGAAAGAAAUUCUUGAAUCCUUCGACUCUCCGAUGGUACCUUCCUUCAGCUUACGUGCUGGCACUCAUCAUUCCCUGCACAGUGCUGGUGGCCAAGUUCAUCCUCAUCUUGCCAUGUGUAGACAAGACCCUCACACGGAUCCGCCAGGGCUGGGAAAGGAACUCGAAAUCCUCGAAAUCAGCACUGAAUGGAAAGACAGAUAUUUAAGGCAGUGUU